UCUUGUGAUUCUGAAUUGUAAAUACACGUGUGAUGUUUUGUUCUUUCUUUGGAUCCAUGUUAACUUUGUUUAAGCAACUAACUUCAGGUGAAAAUAAGAGAACAAAAAGGUUAAUCAAGUUUUACCACUCCCAUGGAAUUUUCUAAUCUCUGCUAAUUCCAUUGCUCUUGUUCUCAAGGAACACAUGUUCUUGGGUGUUGUCGUUUUCCAAAAACAGCUUUCUGAUUGCUUCAGUGUCACUAUAUGUGGGCCUUCUUCUCCUACUUCUAAAUCCAUUUACCCUUUUUCUUUGUUCUUGCUUCAAGUUACCAACUUUAGUGUCUGUAAUUUAUUCCUCAUUUGUUAGAAAGUGUUGGCCUUUUGAGAAGGUUGUGCUUGGAGUUGGAGACUGGUAUGGGAUGAGGGUGGUAUUGGCAAUGAUGCUGCAACUUCUUAAGCUCUGCAUCAUUUUUCUUUCUGUUGCUGUCCCACGAUCCAAAGGGUCCACUGUAUCUCCAUCUCCAGCAUUCCUUCCUGUGAUUCCUUCACUUGGAAGCAAUGCACCAAGUUUACCAUUACUUCCACAUGGCCUGGUUGUACCUCCAUCUCCAGCAAUAGGUUCAUGGACUAACAUUGCCCCAAGCUCUCCAGCAGUAGCAAAUGGGUCAUUCUUGCUUCCUCCGGAUGCUUUACCACUUCCUGCAUCAGCUCCAACUCCUCAGAAGCAUGAUAAGGACAUAGAACCAUCCACAACUCCAAGUCCAACUACUAUAGCAUUGUCACCACCACCACAUGAGGUUGUUCCUUUGCCAUCAACGCCACAAGGAAAUGCGCCGCUGCCCUUUAGAUCAAGUCCACCACUAGGGAAAACAAAAAAAACAGCACCAGCUGCAACACCUUCUAUCAAUUUGCCGAAAAUUUCACCAAGCAUCCAACCAAGCGAUAAUGGAAGUUUUCCUCCUCAAGAGGGCACAAAGAAAGGUCACAAUUCAGAACCAGUUACACCAGAAUCUGCUGCAUCACCACCAUGGAAAGCGGAGCAUAAUCCUUCUCCUCCACCACCAGAAGCACACCCUAUUAGUCCAUCCAUAUUGCCUGCACCUGUUGCAUCACCACCAAGUUCAUUUCCAGUGAAUCCGCCACUGGUCCAUCCAAUUAUUCCAUCAACAUUACCAGCACCUGUUGCCUCUCCCAAGUCAUCUUCUUCUGGAAGCUUCAAUUGGAAAAAUGGUGAUGCACCACCAAUUGCUGUACCUUUGUACAAAUCACCAAAGCCACUUCCAGCUGUAGUACAUUCCCCUGCUCAAGCUCCUGCUGCACAUAAAGCAAGGCAAAUUGAUCAUGAUCAUGAGCCAUUGACUAAAACUCCUAAUAAAGAAAAGCAUACGCCUGCAUUGUCACCUUCUGCCUCAUCACUUGAGCAUCAUCAUACAAGGAACACAACUGCCAGUUCUGCUCCUCCACCACCAUCACCAUACAUGGUUUCUUCUUCCCCUUCAAAUCAUCAAGGUAAAGCAAUUCCUCCUUCAUUACAACCAAAAAGUGGGGAAAGGCAUCAUGUUUCACCUCCAAUGAACCAAAGUUCUUCAAUUCCUUCAUUCUCUUCUCCUACUCAUUCACCCAUGACCCAAGUUUCGUCGGCUCCUUCAUCAUCAAUCGAACUUGCUCCUCACCCAACUGAAAUGCAAGCUCCAUUUCUUCCCCCUAAAGUAGCUCCUUCUCCCUCAAAGACACCAUCCCCGCCUCAAGUUCGAGCAUUGCCACCCCCACCUCCAAAUGAAGAGUGUUCAUCAACCGUCUGCUUAGAACCUUAUACAAACUCUCCACCCGGAGCACCUUGCAGAUGUGUUUGGCCCAUGCGAGUCGGUCUCCGUGUCAGUGUCUCUCUUUAUACCUUCUUCCCUUUGGUUUCAGAGCUGGCUUCUGAAAUUGCUACCGGAGUUUUCAUGAGGCAAAGUCAAGUUCGGAUUAUGGGAGCAAAUGCAGCAACCGAGCAACCUGAGAAAACGGUUGUCUUAAUUGAUUUGGUACCACUUGGUGAAAACUUUGACAGUACUACAGCACUUUUCACUUCCAACAGAUUCUGGCAUAAACAGGUUGCUAUAAAAGCUUCCUACUUUGGAGACUAUGAUGUUUUAUAUGUGAGCUAUCCAGGUUUGGCUCCUUCUCCUCCUUUACCACCUUCAACCAUUUCCAUCAUUGAUGGUGGUCCAUAUUCCAUUGAUGGCAAUAAUGGAGGGAUAAUAAAGCCCCUUGGCGUGGACAUACAGAAGAGGCAGCAUAAAAGUGGACUUAGCAGAGGCAUAGUUGCCAUUAUAACUGUUUCAGUUUUUCUAGCAGUUGUGUUAUGUGCUGCCGCAGCAGCAGCCUGGGUUAUGCUCAAGUAUGGAGAUCAUGUUACUCAACCGGCAUCAACGCCACGGCUUUCACAACCUUCUCUUACCAAACCACCAGGUAAUGCUGCAUCAUUAGUUGGAGGUGGGGUUGGUUCUGCUUCGACAUCAUUUCGAUCUAGCAUUGCUGCUUAUACAGGGUCUGCUAAGACUUUCAGUGCGAAUGAUAUUAUAAAAGCUACUGAUAAUUUUCAUGGUUCAAGAAUACUUGGAGAAGGUGGUUUUGGGCUGGUUUAUGGUGGCAUCCUUGAAGAUGGAACAAAAGUGGCAGUCAAGGUUAUAAAGAGGGAAGAUCAUCACGGCGAUCGCGAGUUCUUAGCUGAAGUUGAGAUGCUUAGCCGUCUUCAUCAUAGAAAUUUGGUCAAGUUGAUUGGGAUAUGUACCGAGGAAAGUGUCCGCUGCUUGAUUUAUGAACUUGUUCCAAAUGGCAGCGUGGAAUCCCACUUACAUGGAGUUGACAGGGAAAGUAGUCCACUUGGUUGGAGUGCUAGGAUGAAGAUAGCUCUUGGCGCGGCUCGCGGUCUAGCCUAUCUGCACGAAGAUUCGAGUCCCCGUGUUAUACACCGGGACUUCAAAUCAAGCAACAUAUUGUUGGAAGAUGAUUUCACACCAAAAGUAUCCGAUUUUGGAUUGGCUCGAACAGCAACAGAUGAGAAUAAUAAUAGACACAUAUCAACACGCGUCAUGGGAACUUUCGGUUAUGUGGCUCCGGAGUAUGCAAUGACAGGACACCUUCUUGUUAAGAGUGAUGUUUACAGCUACGGCGUUGUUCUUCUUGAGCUUUUAACAGGAAGAAAGCCUGUGGACAUGUCACAGCCUCCCGGGCAAGAAAACCUUGUUGCUUGGGCUCGUCCGCUUCUCGCGAGUCGAGAAGGAUUGGAGGCAAUAGUAGAUCCAGAUCUAGGAGGAGAUGUGAGUUUUGACAGUGUGGCCAAAGUUGCAGCAAUUGCUUCAAUGUGUGUGCAACCAGAGGUAUCGAACCGGCCUUUCAUGGGGGAGGUUGUGCAGGCCUUAAAACUCGUGUGCAAUGAAUGCGAGGAAGCGAAAGAAGAAGAAGAAGAAGAAGAAGCAGGUGGUUCAAGAAGAUCAUCCACUCAGGAUAUGGAUUUGGAUGUGAGAGUGAGCAAUGUGGAUGUUGAGAGAGGAUUGGUUGCAUCAGAACUAUUCAGUUGUUCGGUAAGAUUGGGAAGGCAGGAAGAGGAAUCUGGAUCGUUUAGAAGACACUCGUAUUCGGGUCCUCUGAUGACCGGAAGAAGCAGGCAGUUAUGGCAGAUUAUGAGACGGCUUUCUGGUGGCACUGUCAGUGAACAUGCAAGUAUCUUCAACUUAUAGAGAAUACAAAUGGCUAGAAACUCAGUCGAAUUCAUGUAAAAUUGAUAAUUGAGAGCCGUUAGACGAUUUGAUUAAAUUUUUAUCUAACGACUCUUUAACUAUUAAUUUCACGUGAAAUCGACUGCAUCGCCCGAUGCUUAUAACAAAAUCAUUUUGUAUAAACCAAUCAACGUAUCCUUUUUCUCUCUACGAAAAUCCAUGAUCUAUGUAUGUAACAGACAGAUCAUAUUUCAGAGUUUGUAAUAAUGUUAGCUUUAAAGUAAA